AUGCUUAACCAAGCUGCCAAGGAUAGCUCAAAUGCUGCGUCAGCUCGUAUUGGAGUCCGAGAACAUCUAAAUCAAUCAAAUGUGUCAUCAAAUGUGCCAUCUGCUGGAGUUGAAGUAAAGCUUCCGUCCCUAAGAGAAAACGUGGUCAAACAAUGGGGUAAGGGACUUAUGAAAGCAUUUGAUGCAUCUGGAAAGAAAUUGAAGAUAGAUGUGGAUCCACUGACAGGACGGCCCAAAAAUCGAGAGCAAUCUGCAAAGCUCUCAAGUCAAAUUGGUGUAGUAGCUCGAGAUGUCCUUCGAGUGCCAAGAAAAUGGAAAGAAAUGGAUGAAGAAAAACUUUUGGAACCAUGCAUUGAUCUUAUAAAGAUUCAUAUGGAUGUCAACUUGGAUGCAUCGGGUGCGAGGCACUGCUUGGUUGAUAGGAUGAAAUCUAGUUCUCGACAAGUUCGUUACAGGUUACAUAAGCAUUACAAGAAGUAUGCAACCCUACAAGAGGCUAAGAAUAAUAAGCCACCAUUUUGUGUUAGUAAAGAAAAUUGGGACGAACUCUGUGAUUAUUUUGCUUCAGCUAAGUUCAAGGCUCAGAAGAAUGCUAAUGGAGAUGCUAAUGGAGAGUUAAUGGAGAUGCUGGUGACAUAA